AUUUCUUAGCCCAAGCCCACUAAACCCUAAACCCUGUGUCCCUUUUCUUCUCCGACGCGUCCUCCUCUUUUCUCCUGGGAACGAAUUGCUUCCUCUUUUCCGACGAAUCCUCUCUUCUUUUCUUCUCCGACGAAGAUAAUAGCAAAAUGGGGAAGAAGAAGCAGAAGAUAAUACUACCGCCUGACCUUCCUCCAGAAGUUCCCGAUGAAGAAGUUGAAGUUUCUGACGAGGAUCUCGAUUUUGUCCACCAGCAUUCAGAUUAUGCUAAUUUUAUGUCCAAAAUUGACACUCCUUCUCUCACCAAGCAUGUUAGUCGAGUGGCUGAUGCCAAUGAAGGAGCUCUGGAACUGUUGUAUGAGAAGAAGUUGAGGAAGAAAUUGGAAAAUAAAGAGAAAGAAGAGAAUACGUUGGAGGUUGAUCCGAUUGAUGCGCUUCCGUUGAAAACGGCGGAUGGGCAGUUAUACUACAGAAGAGUAGUGAAGGAGCCGAAAGAGGCUGCAGAAGAGUCUGGGGAAUCGAUUAAGGACCCUGCUCUGGUGAAGCCAACGAAGGCAGAGAAACGGUUGAAGACUAAGAAAUUGAGGAAAGAGGCGAAGAAACAAGCUAAGGAGGAGGAAGUGCAGCAAACUCCUCAGGAAGAAGUAUUGGAUGAAGUGAAAAAAGAUCUGACAGCUGAAGAAGCAAAUGAGAAGAAGAAAUAUAAGUUUGCUGAGUUGGGUACCACUCUACUUGCUGAUCCAGAGUCCAAUAUUAGGCUUUUAAAAGAGAUGCUGGAGAUUUCAAAAGAUGGAGACAGUUCCAUUGUCAUACUUGGGCUUAAAUCUUUGUUGGCUGUCUUCAAAGACAUCAUUCCAGGUUAUCGGAUCAGGCUGCCUACUGAAAAGGAACAAGAGAUGAAGGUUUCAAAGGAUGUUAAGAAGAUGAGAUUUUAUGAGUCCACGCUUUUGUCCGCAUACAAGGCUUAUGUUCAGAAGUUGGUAGCACUGCAGCAACAAACAGCUUAUCAACUUGUGGCCACCCGUUGCUUAUGUACUUUGCUUGCAGCAGUCCCACACUUCAACUAUCGUGAGAGCUUGUUGGCUGCCGUUGUUAAAGAUAUAAGUUCCCAAGAUGAUGUUAUAAGAAAACUUUGUUGCUCGGCCGUGAAGUCACUUUUCACUAAUGAAGGCAAACAUGGUGGUGAAGUUACUGUGGAAGCUGUAAGAAGGAUUGCAGAACUUGUAAAAAGCCACAACUGCCAACUGCAUCCAGAUUCCUUAGAAGUUUUCUUGUCUCUGUCAUUCGAUGAGGAUCUUGGAAAACCGGAAAGAUCUGAUAUGGAUAAAAAAGCAAAAUACAAAAAAUUCAAGAAGAGAAAAGGUUCGGAUGAGUCAAAUCAGAAACCGGAAAAUGACAGGAAGAAGAGUAGGAAAGAGAUGAUGUCAAAGACUAGAGAGGAGGUAAAUGCAGACUACAAAGCCGUUUCAUCUGAUCAAGAUCCCCAAGAGCGAAGGAAAAUGCAGUCACAGACUCUCUCUGCUGUAUUUCAGACAGUCUUCCGCGUACUAAAACAUACUGUGCAGCCAAAAUCUGAAGGUUCGGUACAUGGUGCAUUUGGAAGCCAUCCCCUACUCGAUCCUUGUUUGAAUGGAAUUGGAAAGUUUGCUCAUCUAAUUGACUUGGAUUUUAUGGCUGAUCUCAUGCAAUGUCUGAGAAAACUUGCUGGGAAUGGCAAUAAGUCCGCAGAUUCUUCCGAGAAUUCCUCUUGUCAGCUAACAGUGUCGGAACGGUUACGGUGCUGUAUUGUUGCUUUCAAAGUGAUGAGGAACAACCUAGAUGCUCUGAAUGUUGAUCUACAGGAGUUUUUUAUCCAGUUAUACAAUCUUAUACUCGAAUACCAGCCAGGAAGGGAUGAUGGGGAUUUGUUGGCUGAAGCCCUGAAGAUAAUGUUGUGUGAUGAAAGACAGCAUGAUAUGCAACGAGCUGCUGCAUUUAUAAAGCGGUUGGCUACAUUUGCGUUAUGCUUUAGGCCGGCUGAGUCCAUGGCUGCACUGGUCACUGUGAAGCAUCUUCUUCAGAAGAAUGCUAAAUGCCGUAAUCUGUUGGAAAACGAUGCUGGAGGUGGAUCUGUUGCUGGUGCCAUUGCAAAAUUCCAACCUCAUGUGCUGGACCCGAACCUUUGUGGCGCACUAGCUUCAGUCCUUUGGGAGCUUAACCUUCUGAUGAAACACUAUCACCCUUCUGUUUCAUCAAUCGCGACCACUAUCUCAACCAUGAACGCCAACACAAACCAGGUCUUUCGUGUCCAUGCCUCUCCACAACAAGCGUACACGGAGUUAUUAAAGGAAAACGAGUCAUUUGCCACACCUAGUGCCAUAAAAAGAACCAAUAACAAGCGAAAGGUAAGCGACAGCGUGCCUGUCCAAGGAUCAGACCUAAAUUCUUCAGAUGAAAUUGAUGAAAAUGCAAUUAGAAGUAAACUUUCCAAACACUUCUCAUUGCUACGCGAUAUCCAAGAAAACGAGAGGUUAAGAUCCGAGAUGGACCGCACAAGACAGUCUCUAAAUCUGUACGAGACGUACAAGACGCAGAAGAAGAAGAGGAAGACUAGAUCAAAUUAAGAUAACUACAUUUUCAUAGAUGUGGUGUAGUAAGAAGCAGUUUUGUAGUGUUAAAUUAUGUAGACUGUCAGAAUUUUGGUCCAAAAACACACAAUGAUACUCAAAUCUUUCAUAAUUUGUGACAAUAUAAUUUGAUUGAGGGA